AUGAUCAUUGGUACAAUGACUAAAUUUUUAUCGAAUUCAACUCGUGCUAAUUGCAUAUGUCAUAUGACACAAUCCAAUACAUUAAUAUCUGCCAUCAAUUAUUUUUCACAAAAUCAAACUUGUCAAUUAUUUUUUUCAAAUAAUAACUCAAUGAUCAUUGAAUAUCAAGUUAAUUCUACUUUAAUAUUUAUUAAUCAAUCAAUAAUUUCAAUUCAAACAAAUACUCAUCAACUACUACAAGUAGCACGACAACAAGCUCAAGUACAUCCACAACUACAACCACUACCACAGAUUGCUAUUUCAAAAGAUGAUAUCUAUAUCAUUUUCUGCAAUUCUAUUUUAGCUCCACCAUCAACUGCUUGUAUAGAUGCUACUGGUUUAUCUCUUUAUAACAAUCAAUUCAUCUAUUCACCAACAACACAAGUUUAUGCUGCCGGAAUGUUAAACAACACAUUUGGUAUCUAUAAAGCAUAUGGAUAUCAAAACGUCACCACAAGUGCAAUUUGGAGAGCAAGUCAGAAUCCUAAUAACGCAUCCGUCGAAUGUCAUUUUGCCCUGCAAACAGAUCGUAAUCUAGUUGUUUAUACAAUAAACAAUGCUGUAAUGUGGUCACCUUAUGUUAAUAAUGGUGGUUCUGGAAAUCCAUUCUGUUUGGAAAUGUUAGAUUCUGGAAAUCUAAUAUGGAUUGAUCGAAAUGCAACAAUUAUUUGGCAAACAAAUACUGCACAAAGCGGAUAG